AUGUCAUCAUCUUCGAUAUCAUGCAUAACAAAACCGGGGAAGGAACAAGUCAAAUCAGCAUCUAGAGAAGGAAAGAAGGUCCUCGCUUGCGUGAGUUGCCAAAGGCGCAAGAAGAGAUGCGAUAGAAACAACCCCUGUUCGAACUGUGUUCUGACAAAACAGCUUGGAAUCAAUUGCACCGCAAGCCAUCCAGCGCCACAUCGAAAACGACGGAGGAAGAAUCAAGAGAUGGUUGAAAGACUCGAGAGGUGUGAGGAGCUAUUGAAACAAUUGGCGGAGGGGAGCAAGAAUGGCUUGAUGCUUGCGGGAGAUCACUGUGACGAGCGAAUUUCGUCUCUUGAUUCGGCGAUGAUGGAGUUGCGAGAAACGCUAGAACCGCGAGAGGCAGAUAUCGACAGCUCGUCUAAGGAAGAAUUCGACAACUCGCCCAAAGAAGAACUCGACAGAAAAUCGCCGGGGCAGGCUACGGUUCCCUCCAUAGAUGACCUACAACUACGCCCUGAGUCCUGA